UUGUGCUCUCUGCAGUCAAUUACACCUGUGCCAAGUGGUUGUGAAUUGCUCCUAUUCAUGAGCUGAUGGAGCUCUAUCUUGCUCUGUGCCCAGCAUAGGAGGCCACAAAAAGCGGCACAUGGUCCAGGACUGAGCCCACUUUUCUUACAGCCAGAGGACGUGUACUUCAAAACAAAGACCCGCCAAAAAAAAAUACAUUAAACCAGCAAGAACUUUGGGCAGGUGUCUAAAAGGCUCAACCUCCGAAAAAGCCUGAGAUCAGCGUCUGUCCGCUUUUUUCUGGAGGGCCUCGCCUCAAUGCAGCUGCAUCUGUUGGAAAUGUCUAUCGUCAACAUCUAACAGCUCAGUGUCCUACCGCUAAUUUUCUCCUCUGGGUUGUCAUCCCAAAGUCCAAUGUUCGACGCCAAUUAAGGUUGAUUUGAAAAAAAAACCACAGGGAGCAGCCCGAGUCAGACACCUUCUUCACAGAAGUAAUGGUGAAUGCUCAUUUUACUGAGGGUACACAGGGUUCUUUUAUACAUAUAUCAUUCUAGUGCAUAAGCUGUUCACGCGGCAUUUUACUACUGGCUAUUGGCUAUCUCCUCGUGUCCACGAGCUCCAGGCGGCUAUCCUAUUCGCUAGUGUUAUCUGCAUAAGCAUUCUUUUGCAGUCACUUGUUUUCAGUUUUGUUAAGAGGAAAAGCUGGUUCUCAGGUUCGGUGUGCUGGUUCUCAGGCUCAACGUCCUUGACAGUGCGAAAACAACAGAACUUUCCUAGCACUGUAAGGCCUUUCUGUGUCUGCCUCCAAAAAUCCUGCUACAUCCAGGCACAAUCCUACUGCCUGCUGAGCAUCUGUGGAAGAUCCUGAGCAUCUUCAUGCCUAGAAGCACCAAAUAGUUCAGGCUCUCCCUGAACUGGGUCUUCAGGGGAGGUUGCCAUAUUUCUGUGAGAUUUGUUCAUCCCUCAACACCUCUGACUUUAUAUACAAUGGUGCAUUUGGCUUCCUUCCAAGCUCCUCUGUGUCAGUGAGUAACCAUCCACGUGGAUGGAGGAUAUGGUGUACAGGAAGAUGUAUUCCUGGAUUGCCACUUUGCUUCACUGUCAUUUAGUUGAACAUGGUCCUUUUAUCUAAGAAGGACUUCUGAGAAGUGUGCAGGAAUUUUGGCUCUGAGAGGAGCAGAAGGCACAUCUUCUACCAAGAUUUCUACCAGAUUCCCAGCUGACGCAGUUUCCCUGGCAAAACAGUGGUUCCCAUUCAUCUUCCUGGCAAGAAUGUGAAGACCCACUGAGAGAUCACAGGUUUGGGUGGCCUUUGGCUUUGUGUGCCUCAUUUGAUGUGUCCAGUUCCAAGAGCCAUUAAAGGAGGCUCAUGUCUGCCUUGCUCCCCAGAAGUGCUGUAGUUAUUUCCAGGAGAAAAACAAGAAAUGACCGUCCUGUGGUGCGAUACACAUGUGCCCACAAUUGUGCCUCUGUGAGCAAAGACAGCUAGUGCUUUUGGGGCUGUAACAGCUGAGAGUGUGGCAGAGCAGUUUUUCUAUUAUUUUUAGAGUCUUGAAAGCAUUGUUCCCAAAACAAUCUUUCUCUCCUGUUUUCUGUCAUAAAGUGUGGAAGAGAGCAAAUGGAAAGGAGCAGAGGUUUCUUUAAAUUGGCUUUCCUUUUCAAAGUCUUAAAAUAUGGUCAGCUUGAUGCAUGAUACUUUAGCAACUGGAUUAGUAGCACCUCUGUUUAAGACUUCCAACAACAGAAACACUGGGCCUUGUUUUCUCAACGAGCUCACUUUUCCACCCAUCAGUCCCCAGCAGCUUGACACUCGGAUUUGCUGCCCUCAAGCACGGACCGCACAUACCUGCGAUGCCUUUCCAUGCAGGAAUGGUGUGGAAAUCUUGGUGCAGAGGCCCCUGUGCUGAAGCUCCCUCCAGGCUGUCUCCAGCCCCUCAGGGUGCCCAGGAGGAGGGGUUGCCUGCAGCCCAGUGCACCCUCGCUAGCCCUGGGGCUACCCAGCGAAGAGCCACGCAUGAGGCUCUGCAGGAGCACGCAGGCUCAGCCCUGCUCCCUCAUGGGAUCCCAUGGGACAGGGCCCACGAGGAUUUGCCCCUACAGACACCAAGUGUGUCCCAAGAAACUGCAAGGAGAGGGUGACCUCUGUCAGUGGGACCCCGGUGUGCACAGGUACCCCCAGUCCUGGAGUGGCUGCGCCAGCUCCCCCUGCGACCUCCAGCCCUGGGAACCCGGAGCAAGUGGGAACCACAACUUUGUAAAUGCUGCCCGUGCCCAAAGCACAUGCAAAGACAAAUGGGGUUUGAAAAAGAAAGAUUGUUUAUUUUCAGAAACACAGCAACAAACAUGAACUACAGAACAUUCUACAUGGUAAGAAUAUGGGGAACAGCAACAAUCUGUGGAAGGUUAUUUUAGUAAGAACACAUCUAACAAUAAUAUAUAAAACAUAUUUACAGAAGACAAAAACAAACCCUACAACCCAUAGCCCGAAGGCAACAACAAACCCUACAACCCAUAGCCCGAAGGCAACAACAAACCCUACAACCUAUAGCCCGAAGGCAACAACAAACCCUACAACCUAUAGCCCGAAGGCAACAACAAACCCUACAACCUAUAGCCCGAAGGCAACAACAAACUCUAAAACCUAGAUCCUGAGGCUAACAGCAAACUUGAAAACCUAUAUACAGGAGGUGGUGUUUCUGUCUGCAAUCUCUCUCAGACCUGGAAGAAAAGUAAGCGCCAUGGUUACUCCAGUCAGGCACAGAGGGUGGUUCAGGUGUGCCCAGGCUGGCACAUGCCGGCACAGCGGGUCUCUGCUGCCAGAACUGAGCCUGCCUGGGGCUGGGGGCUGUGCGGCCCAAAGCAAGCACAGGGCAGGCUGGGGAUGGCUGCCAGAAUCCAGUGCACGGGCUACCGUGUCCCUGAGCAGGGACCGCCCGUGGCAGCCCCAGCCUGGCAGCAGGAGACCCACUCUGCCUCUGGGGAGCACAUACCACCACUUCCAUGUCCUGCUGUGGAUCCAUCUGUAGAUCCAGCUCCAUCUCUUCCUCCUUGCCCUCUUCCAUAUCUACUUCCAUCUCUUCCUCUCCAUUCUCUUCUCCGUCCACUUCCAUCUCCUCCUCUCUCUCCUCCUCCACAUCCACCUCCAUCUCCUCGUCUCCAUGCUCUUCUCCAUCCACUUCCAUCUCCUCCUCUCUCUCCUCCUCCACAUCCACCUCCAUCUCCUCGUCUCCAUGCUCUUCUCCAUCCACCUCCAUCUCCUCGUCUCCAUGCUCUUCUCCAUCCACCUCCAUCUCCUCGUCUCCAUGCUCUUCUCCAUCCACCUCCAUCUCCUCGUCUCUCUCCUCCUCCACAUCCACCUCCAUCUCUUCCUCUCCACGCUCUUCUCCAUCCACUUCCAUGUCCUCCUCUGGAUCAAUCUGCACAUCCACUUCCAUCUCCUCGUCUUUCUUCUCCUCCAUAUCCACCUCCAUCUCCUCUUCCUCUCUCUCUGGGACAGCCUGCAGAGGUGGCAAAACCUCGGAGUGGGUUCCCUGUCCCACACCAUGUGCACGGAGCUGCAGCCCACUCAGGAUGUCCCGGGGUGUCCACCUCCAAGGAAUGGUACCGUACCUUACUCAGGACAAAUGUCACCAUCAUGCUGAGAUGGAGCCAGGCCCAAGCCAGCCAGCAGGGAGCUUUCAGGACCGAUGCAGCCUGCAGAGGUGGCAAAACCUCGGAGUGGGCUCCCUGUGCCACACAAUCCGCACAGAGCUGCAGCCCACCCAGGAAGUCCAGGGGUGUCCACCUCCAUGGAAUGGCACCGUACCUUCCUCAGGACGAAUGUCAGCAUCGUGAAGGGAUGGAUCCAGGCCAAACCCAGCCAACAGGGAGCUUUCAGGACUCAGAGGGCUUUUAGGGAGCAGGUGAGAAGCAGGGUGACAGGAGAGCUCUCGGGGCAGGCAGAAGGGUGGGCUGACACAAAGGCCAGUGAUUGUGACCUGCUCUUUGCUGGAUGCUCAAAGUGCCAGUUGGAACAUGGAAUGUGACAUCACAAAGCCCAGGAGUCCAGCGUGGACGUGAAGUGGACAAUGGAGACCAUGGAAUGAUGGGAUCCCAUGACACUUGGGCUUGGAAGGGCCCCUAAUCUUGUUCCAAGCUGAGCAAUCUUCUCCCAGACCAUGUUGCUGAGAGCCAUGUUCCCACCUGCCCUUGGAUGUUGCCAAGGAUGGGGCAUCCCCAGCCUCCGUGCACGGCCGGGGCCAGUGCCUCAUCAACCUCAGUGUAAAAGAACAUCUUGGUUAAGCGUCAGCUUCCAACUGACAUCGACCUGCUGCACUUGAAAGCCGUCUCCCCUUCUCCUCUCACCGCAGGCCCUGUUGAACGCUCUGUCCCCAUCUUUCCCACGGCACACUUCAAGCCCUGCACAGCUGCACUGAGGCCUCCGCAGCGCCUCUUCUUUCCAGGCUGAGCGUGCCCAGCCCCACAUGGACAGCAGUCAGUGAGAUCAGCGGCAGUCAAGGCUGAAGGGUCGCAAAUAGCACCAGGAACUGAGAGAUGGGAGCUUUAGAGCCCGGGUUGUCUGAAAAUGUCCAAAAUGAAUACUGGUGGAGGGCAAGAUGGUGACACACUGGCUUCAUUCUCGAUGGGGAAUAUUUUCUUUUUCUCCCUGCUUUUCUGUCAUGCUGACCAAGGUUUUGCUGUUGGAAAGGAAGCUUGGCACAAUAAUUGUCCAUUUGUGAGCCACCGAGCAGAGUUUGGGCAGGCUGAUGAUGCAGGGCAAAACCUGAAAGUAUCGUGGUGAUCCUGAGCCUGGGGGCUGCAGUUAAUCCCAGUCAAAAGUAAUUUCUGCAAAGCUGAGCCUGGUUUACAUGUUCUAGAGUUUGACUGUGCCAACUUCACCAGUCAUUUAUAACAAAGCAAACAAAAAACUCAAACCAAAACAGAAAAAAACAAACCAACCAACCCAAACAAAUAGGUACAAAACUCCCAAUAAAACCAAAGAGAAUGAGGAGUCAGUAUUAGUGGGGAGGAUAUCACAGCAGGCCAAUGGCUGUUUCCCACAGGAUCACCAUAAAAGGCCACAUAUAACAGCUGCUCCAAAAUAUACCCAACAGCAGGAAUAGAAGAAGUGAUGCAUGGCAACUCUGGGGGCAGCUCUGUGUUUAGGUGGAGGAUAAGCAGGCAGUGGUACAGAUGCAGCAUUCCCCACCCUCCAGACUUCUGUUUACUGCUGAUGAAAGACACUUGGACUACUGUGGCCCCUCUCAGUGCAAUGUAAAUCAUUCCCACAGCUCUCCGUUGAGUCCCUGGCAUUUCCAGAGUGAGAUCCAGGUAAAAGUGAUUUGAAAAAAAAACCACGAGGAGCAGCCCGAGUCAGACACCUUCUUCACAGAAGUAAUGGUGAAUGCUCAUUUUACUGAGGGUACACAGGGUUCUUUUAUACAUAUAUCAUUCUAGUGCAUAAACUGUUCACGCGGCAUUUUACUACUGGCUAUUGGCUAUCUCCUCGUGUCCACGAGCUCCAG